UGAAGCGCAGAGAUUCCGAGAUUCACCAGCCGAAGGGAUCGUCGGACACCGAGCACGAUGCUGCCAGCAUCUACGCCAAGCCCGUGCGUCUCGAAAGCGUUCUUGAGAACCUUGCCGACCUCGACGAAGCCAAUCUCGCUGCGCUGCGCCAACGCCUUGAAGACGUCUACGAUGCCGGCUCGCGCACCGAACGGCAUGCGAUUCCGUUCAGAGAUCAAUCACAGUCGGCUUCCGCCACGCUGCCGAUGUGGAUCAACUUUACGCAUUUUGACUUGCUGACCGAUGCGAUCGAUGAGAUAACACCCGAAUUUCUAUGGCACUGUUGGAAACGUGGAGUAGCCGUGCAAAUAGAGAACCCGGAGUAUGGCCUCGAUGGCAUCAUCCCGGUCUUCAUAGGUCAUCUCGACCGGCCCUUCGUUGAUGGUUCGUCGACCGAUGCCUCCAACAUCACCCUUGAGCCCGGAGAGGCCGAGAUGCACGCUGCGCGCUACAUGACCUACGUUGCCUGGGAAGCAAAGAACCAAAGGGAUCCACAGGACACCACGUUCCUUGCUAGUUCAGCGUUUGCCAUUGCUGGACCGGUGAUCAAGAGCGCCUCGAUGGCACCGCCGAACGAGAAGCCACUGACCGAACAGGCUCUGUUGAGCGUGCUUCUCGACCUUGGCACAAGGACCGGAUUCAAACAAGCGCCAGACGGCUUACGACCUCAAGUGAUACCUCUUACGGGUCAACAGUGUCCUCGGCUGUGCAUUCGGGGUAUGCUCGAUUCGCACACUUACCCCUGUCUCGACCUUUUCGAGCUCCGCCCAACCUUGGUGGACAUUCUGUCGUCUAGCUCCGAUUCCGCAUUCAACCCUGUCAGCUUCAUGAAUAAUCUCCUGUCGCAUGGGUAG